AACCGAUCAUUUUUUUCAGGAAAGCAUUAACUUACAUUGAUUCAUUUGAUAUUUUUGGAUUUGCAAAAUAAUUUCUUUCCACAUCAUGGCGAUUGUUGCAAUAUGAUCUCCCACUAUAAAUCCACCAUAUUCCCCUUUCUUUGAUUUCACAUCAAUCUAACCAUCUCUCAUCAAUUUACAGGUGCAUUCUUGCUAGAAAGUGGUGAACUGCAAAGGCCAUGGCUCGCAAGAAGAUGAAGCUUCUGCGGAUCGUCAUUGAUGUGAAGCGGCGGGUGACAUUUAGGAAGCAUCUGAAGGGCUUGAUGAAGAAGGUUAGUGAGUUCGCAACACUGUUCCUCAUGGUGUACGGUGAGGUUGAGGUGCAAGCAACGAAGGUUUGGCCGUCGGUGUGGGAGGCGACCAGAGUUCUCGAGCACUUCAAGGCCAUGCCGCAGCUGGGCAGAUACAAGAAGAUGAUAGACCUAGAGGGCAUCCUCAACAAGCAGAUCGACAAGCUCAAGGAGAAGUUGCACAAGCUGGGACGCGAAGCUGAUGAAAGCGAGACCAAGCUACUCCUCAUUGAAGCCAUCAAUGGCCGCCACCCAAGCCUCGAUGGUCUCACCAUCGAGCAGAUUAUCAGCCUCGGAAGGAUGGCAAAUUCACGCCUCAAGAUUGUCAACGACCGCCUCAAGAAGCUCCGUGAGCAAGGCCUCAUACCUGCAUCUGUCUCAUUGUCGAGCACGGAGGUACCAAUCCAGAGGGAGGGAUGGCUGAUGGAUGUUGCAAGGGGCACUGGCUCAAUGGGGUACAAUCAGUUCGAAGGUAGCAGUGUAAGCGGCACUGCUGGAUCCAAUGGUGACAUGGCUUAGCCUUUCAACAGUGUUGCAGCAUUCUCAUAGGCCAAUUAGGAAUUUUCAGUCCCACCCAAGUAAUGCGAGACUCAUUAUCAUUUGCCUACUUGGCCAACAUGGCAAAGGUGGACUUUUUCUUAGAUGAUAUUUUGCCAGAGAAACCAUGGUCAACUAUCAAUUUUGGAGGGUGUCGCUCCUUUAUUUACAUUCCAAUAUAUCAUUGCUUUCUAUUUUGUAUCCCAUCAUCCGAUUUCCUUUUUUAAUCAUAUUAUCCCUUUUCCCUUUUCUA